ACUUCCGCUCUUCACUCCUUUCCUCGAGCUUCUGUCGGCUGUGUGAUCCGCGUGUUUACACACUCCCAGAUGAAGGAGUCCAUAAUGAACCAGGAGAAGCUCGCUAAACUGCAGGCGCAGGUCCGCAUAGGCGGCAAAGGGUCGGCCCGCAGAAAGAAGAAGGUUGUGCACAGAACAGCUACGGCAGAUGACAAGAAGCUGCAGUUUUCCCUCAAGAAACUGGGAGUUAACAACAUAUCUGGCAUUGAGGAGGUCAACAUGUUCACAAACCAGGGGACAGUGAUCCACUUUAAUAACCCAAAAGUUCAGGCCUCCUUGGCUGCUAACACCUUCACAAUCACAGGACAUGCUGAGAACAAGCAACUCACAGAGAUGCUCCCAGGAAUCCUAAACCAGCUGGGAGCCGACAGUCUCACCAGCCUCAGGAGAUUAGCAGAGACUCUGCCCAAACCAGCUGGAGAGAGCAAAGCCCCCAUGGUUGCUGCUGAAGAAGAGGAUGAUGAUGUUCCAGAUCUUGUUGAAAACUUUGACGAGGCUUCAAAGAACGAGGCAAACUAGCUGGCCAUUUCUGUCCUCUUGACUCACUGUACUUUGACACAGCAGCAGUUUAUAAUUGUUCAUCUCUAUUAUUGCUCUUUGCCUUCUCGCAAAAUUUGCUUUUAUUUGUAUCAUACACAAUCAGGCUUGAACAAGAAGAAUCAUCUUUUUAUGACAGUUUAUACCCACUUCUAUUUGUCUUAUUUGCCUUGUCCUGUAGUACAAGUGAAGCUAUUUAACUCCGUGGAAUGUGCAAGCCUUUCUCUAUCCCAAGCUGCCUCUACUGCAAUGUGAUGCUUUCAUAUCAAAAAUGUUUUGGUGGUCAAUCAUGUAAUAAAAAAAAAAUACAGA